CAGCCGAGAUGAUGGAGGAGGUGGUGAUCGCCGGGAUGGCCGGGAAGCUCCCCGAGUCGGAAAACCUCCAGGAGUUCUGGGACAACCUCAUCGGAGGAGUGGACAUGGUCACCGACGACGACCGCAGGUGGAAGGCGGGGCUGUACGGGCUGCCCAAGCGAUCCGGCAAGCUAAAGGAGCUGUCCGCUUCGACGGCCUCCUUCUUCGGCGUCCACUCCAAGCAGGCGCACACGAUGGACCCCCAGCUCCGCAUACUGCUGGAAGUCACCUACGAGGCCAUCGUGGACGGAGGGAUCAACCCCAGCACGCUGCGAGGUUCUAACGCGGGCGUGUGGAUCGGCGUGAGCGGGUCGGAGACGUCCGAGGCGCUGAGCCGGGACCCCGAGAGCCUCCUGGGGUACAGCAUGGUCGGCUGUCAGAGGGCCAUGAUGGCCAACAGGCUCUCCUACUUCUUCGACCUGAAAGGGCCCAGCAUCGCCCUGGACACGGCCUGCUCGUCCAGCCUCCUGGCCCUGGCGAACGCCUUCCGGGCCAUCCGCGUCGGAGACUGCGACGCCGCCAUCGUGGGCGGAAUCAACCUCAUGUUGAAACCCACCACCUCGGUGCAGUUCAUGAAACUGGGCAUGCUCAGCCCGGAAGGCACCUGCAAAUCCUUCGACAGCGAAGGGAACGGAUACUGCCGGUCGGAGGCCGUGGUGGCCGUCUUCCUGACCAAGAGGUCCCUGGCGAAGAGGGUGUACGCCACGGUGAUCAACGCGGGCACCAACACCGAUGGCUUCAAGGAGCAAGGGGUCACCUUCCCGUCCGGAGACGUGCAGGAGCGGCUGGUCAGCUCCCUGUACAAGGCGUCGGGCAUCUCUCCGGACGCGGUGGAGUACGUCGAGGCCCACGGCACCGGCACCAAGGUGGGCGACCCCCAGGAGGUCAACGGCAUCGUCCAGGCUUUCUGCAAAUCCCGCCGGGAGCCGCUGCUCAUCGGCUCCACCAAGUCGAACAUGGGACACCCGGAGCCCGCCUCGGGCCUGGCCGGCCUGGUCAAGGUGCUGCUCUCCCUGGAACACGGCGUCUGGGCCCCCAACCUCCACUUCCGCCACCCCAACCCCGAGAUCCCGGCCCUGACGGACGGGCGCCUGAAGGUGGUGGCGGAGCCGACGCCCGUCAGGGGCGGCUUGGUGGGCAUCAACUCCUUCGGCUUCGGCGGCUCCAACGUCCACGUGAUCCUGCGGCCCCACGGCCCCCGGGGCCGGCCGCCGGCGCCCCCGUCCCCGCCCCGCCUGCUGCAGGUCAGCGGGCGCACGGCCGAGGCCGCCCAGGCCCUGCUGGAUCGGGGCCGGGGCCUGGGCGAGGACCGGACCUUCGUCAGCAUGCUCAACGACAUCGCCCUCGUGCCCGCCGCCGCCAUGCCCUUCCGCGGCUACGCCGUGCUGGGCGGGGAGAGCCAGGCCGCCGAGGUCAAGCAGGCGCCCUCCGGAGAGCCGCCCCUCUGGUUCAUCUGCUCGGGGAUGGGAACGCAGUGGCGGGGAAUGGGCCUGAGCCUCAUGCGCCUGGAGAUCUUCCGAAACUCCAUCCUGCGGUCGGACGAGGCCGUGAAGCCCCUGGGGCUGAAGGUUUCGGAGCUGCUGCUGAGCACGGACGAGAAGACCUUCGACGACAUCGUCCACGCCUUUGUCAGCCUGACGGCCAUCCAGAUCGCUCAGAUCGACAUGCUGAUGGCCAUGGGCUUGAAGGCAGACGGCAUCAUCGGCCACUCCCUGGGCGAGGUGGCCUGCGGCUACGCGGACGGCUCCCUGACCCAGGAGGAGGCUGUGCUGGCCGCCUAUUGGAGGGGGCAGUGUAUCAAGGAGGCCAACUUCCCCGCCGGGAGCAUGGCGGCCGUGGGGCUGACGUGGGCUGAGUGCAAAAAGCGCUGUCCCCCCGGCGUGGUGCCCGCCUGCCACAACUCCGAGGACACCGUCACCAUCUCUGGGCCGCAGGCGGCCGUGGCCACGUUCAUCGAGGAGCUGAAGGCCGAGGGGGUGUUCGCCAAGGAGGUGCGGACGGGCGGGGUGGCCUUCCACUCCUAUUACAUGGAGACCAUCGCUCCCACGCUGCUUCAGGCCCUGAAGAAGGUGAUCAAGAACCCCCGUCCGCGAUCCUCGCGCUGGCUGAGCACCUCCAUCCCCGAAGCCCAGUGGCAGAGCGGCUUGGCCCGCACCUCCUCGGCCGAGUACAACGUCAACAACCUGGUGAGCCCCGUCCUCUUCCAGGAGGCGCUACGCCACGUCCCGGACAACGCCGUCGUCCUCGAGAUCGCCCCUCACGCCCUGCUGCAGGCGGUCCUGAAGAGGGGCUUGAAAUCGACCUGCACCAUCAUCCCCUUGAUGAAGAAGGACCACAAGGACAACGUGGAGUUCUUCCUCACAAACGUCGGCAAGCUGCACCUCUCUGGCGUCAACGUCGACUCGAACAAGAUCUUCCCACCCACCGAAUACCCGGCCCCGGUGGGCACCCCGCUCAUCUCCCCCUUCAUCAAAUGGGACCACAGCCAGACCUGGGACGUCCCGACCCCCAAGGACUUCCCCAACGGCUCCGGCGACGACUCUUCCUCCGUCUACACCGUCGACACGGGCAGCGAAUCGCCUGACCAUUUCAUGACCGGCCACUGCAUCGACGGCCGCGUCCUCUACCCGGCCACCGGCUACCUCGUGCUGGCCUGGAAGACCCUGGCCCGCUCCCUCGGGCUGGUCAUGGAGCAGAUGCCCGUGGUGUUCGAAGACGUCACCAUCCACCAGGCCACGAUCCUGCCCAAGACAGGCUCCGUGCAGUUGGAAGUUCGCCUCAUGCCGGCCUCCCGCUCCUUCGAGGUGUCGGAGAACGGGAACCUGACCGUGAGCGGAAAAGCGUACCAGUGGGAAGAGCCGGACGCCAGCGUCUUCGACAACUGGCAGGGGGCCGCCGAGACCCCCGGGGACCCCGCCGGCGAGAACAAACUGUCCAAGGACGACGUCUACAAGGAGCUGCGUCUCCGCGGCUACGACUACGGGCCCACCUUCCGGGGAAUCCUGGAGGCCAGCGGCACAGGGAAGGUGGGGAAGCUGCUGUGGAACGAGAACUGGGUGACCUUCCUGGACACGAUGCUGCAGAUAAGCAUCCUGGGGGUGUCCCAGCGCAGCUUGCGCCUGCCCACCCGCAUCAGCUCCGUCUACAUCGACCCCGCCACCCACCAGGCCAAGGUGCAGCCCUACCAGGAAGAGACCCGAGCCGUGGACGUGCUGGUGAACUCCUGCCUGGACAACGUGGCUGCGGGCGGGGUCCUCCUGAACCGGCUCCACGCCACCGUGGCCCCCCGGCGCCAGCAGGACCUCCACACGCCCAUCCUGGAGAAGUUCUGCUUCGUGCCGUACCGGGACGAUCGCUGCCUGGCCGCCGACUCCGCCCUCAGGGACCAUCUGCGCCGCUGCAAAGGCCUGAUCAAGAACCUGCAGGCCAAGGUGGCUCAGCACGGGAUCGAGCUGGCCGUGCCGGGGCUGGAGGACUCGGAGGCGGCCCCCCCGGAGGCGGCACCCCCCGAGGGCCCCCCGGAGACGGGGCUGCUGCACCUCCUGGCGGAGGCGUGCCGGCUUCAGCUGAACGGCAGCCUGGCCCCGGAGCUGGCCCAGAUGGUGGCCCGGGAGCGCGGCCACCUGAACGAGGACCCGCUGCUGAACGGGUUGCUGGACUGCGGGGAGCUGAAGGCCUGCGUGGACACGGCCCUGGAGAACACCCCCGGCCACAGGAUGAAGAUCGUCGAGGUCCUGGCCCGCGACGGCCACCUGUACUCACGCAUCCCCGGGCUGCUGAGGGCCCAGCCGCUGCUAGCCCUGGACUACACGGCCACCGACCUCAGCGCCGAGGCCCUGGCCGGCCUGCAGCAGGACGGCCUCUCCACCGCCCCGUGGGACCCGGCGGGCCCCGCCCCCGACGGCCUGGCCGGGGCCGACCUGCUGGUGUGGAACGGCGCGGCGGGCGCCCCGGCGGACGGCGCCGCCGCCGCCCUCGCCCACAUGGGCGCCGCCGUCAAGGAGGGCGGCUUCGUCCUGGUGCACGCCCUGCUCGGCGGAGAGACCCUCGGGGAGACGGUGGCCUUCCUCACCGCCCCGGACCGCCCGCGGAAACCGGGCCCGCUCUCCCAGGCCGAGUGGGAGGGCCUAUUCCACAAGGCUUCGCUCGACCUGGUGGGGCUGAAGAGAUCCUUCUACGGCUCGGCCAUCUUCCUGGCCCGACGGCACACCCCGAAGGAGAGCCCCGUCUUCCUGUCCGUGGAGGACGCGCAGUUCCAGUGGGUGGACGCUCUGAAGACCAUCCUGGCCGACUCCUCCGCUGAGCCGGUGUGGCUGACGGCGACCGGCUGUGCCACUUCGGGGAUCGUGGGCCUGGUGACCUGUCUCCGCCAGGAGCCCGGGGGAGAGCGGAUCCGGUGCCUGCUGGUCUCCAACCUCGACGCCUCGUCGGCCGCCCCCCAGACCGGCCCUUCGUCCGCGGAGAUGGGCGGGAUCGUGGCCCGGGACCUGGUGAUGAACGUCUACCGGGACGGGAGAUGGGGCGCCUUCCGACACUUCCCGCUGCAGCCAGGCAAGCCGACAGAGCUGACCGAGCACGCCUUCGUGAACGUGCUGACCCGCGGGGACCUCUCGUCCAUCCGCUGGGUCUGCUCGCCGCUCCGCCACGCCCGCGACUCCGGCCCCUCCUCCCUGCUCUGCAAGAUCUACUACGCCUCCCUCAACUUCCGCGACAUCAUGCUGGCCACCGGCAAGCUGUCCCCGGACUCCAUCCCAGGGAAAUGGGCCACCCGCGACUGCAUGAUGGGGAUGGAAUUCUCCGGCCGCGACCCCAGCGGCAAGCGGGUGAUGGGCCUGGUGCCCGCCGAAGGCCUGGCCACCUCAGCGCUCCUGUCCACGGACUUCCUCUGGGACGUGCCCGACGGCUGGACUCUGGAGGAAGCCGCCUCCGUGCCCGUGGUCUACACCACGGCCUACUACUCCCUGGUGGUCCGCGGGGGCAUCAGGAAGGGCGAGUCGGUGCUCAUCCACUCCGGCUCCGGGGGCGUGGGCCAGGCCGCCAUCGCCAUCGCCCUGAGCAUGAACUGCCGGGUCUUUACCACCGUGGGCUCUGCCGAGAAACGGGAGUAUCUUCAGUCCAGGUUCCCGCAGCUCGACGCCACCAGUUUUGCCAACUCCAGAAACACUUCGUUCGAGCGGCACGUGCUGAGGCACACCGGCGGGAGAGGCGUGGACCUUGUGCUCAACUCUCUGGCGGAGGAGAAGCUGCAGGCCAGCGUUCGCUGCUUGGCCCAACAUGGCCGCUUCCUGGAAAUUGGCAAAUUUGACCUGUCCAACAACCACGCUCUGGGCAUGGCGGUCUUCCUGAAGAACGUGUCCUUCCACGGGAUCCUGCUGGACGCCCUGUUCGAGGAGGGGAACAGCGAGUGGCGGCGGGUGUCGGAGCUGCUGCGGGAGGGCAUCGCGGCCGGGGUGGUGAAGCCCCUCCGCUGCACCGUCUUCGGCAAGGACCGCGUGGAGGACGCCUUCCGCUUCAUGGCCCAGGGCAAGCACAUCGGCAAGGUCGUCGUCCAGGUCCACGACGAGGAGAAGCAGGCGGUGGUGCCGGGGGCCAAGCCGGACCUCAUCCCGGCCAUUGCCAAGACCUUCUGCCCCGCCAACAAGUCGUACAUCAUCACCGGGGGCCUGGGGGGCUUCGGGCUGGAGCUGGCCCGCUGGCUCGUGCUGAGAGGGGCCGAGAAGCUCGUGCUGACCUCGCGGUCUGGCAUCCGGACCGGAUACCAAGCCAAGCAGGUGGGCGAGUGGAGAGAGCAGGGGGUGCAGGUGCUGGUGUCCACCUGCGACGUGGGUACGAUUGAGGGGGCCCAGCAGCUCGUCGACCAGGCCUCCCAACUCGGACCCGUCGGGGGCGUGUUCAACCUGGCGGCGGUCCUCAGAGACGCCAUGUUGGAGAAUCAGACUCCAGAGCACUUCCAAGUGGUCAACAAAGCCAAGUCCACCGGCACGCAGAACCUGGACAGGGUGACGAGGGACCGCUGCCCCGAGCUGGACCACUUCGUGACCUUCUCCUCGGUGAGCUGCGGGCGAGGCAACGCCGGCCAGACCAACUACGGCUUCGCCAACUCGACCAUGGAGCGGAUCUGUGAGCAGCGCCACCACGACGGCCUUCCAGGCCUCGCCGUGCAGUGGGGCGCCGUCGGCGACGUGGGCAUCAUCCUGGAGUCGAUGGGCACCAACGAGACGGUGAUCGGCGGGACCCUGCCCCAGCGCAUCGCUUCCUGCCUGGAGGUCCUGGACCACUUCCUGAACGAGUCGCACCCGGUCAUGGCCAGCAUGGUCCUGGCGGAGAAGAAGUCGGCGGCCCACGGCGACGGGGAGGCCCAGCGGGAUCUGGUGCAGGCCAUAGCUCACAUCCUGGGAAUCCGGGACUUGAGCCUGGUGAACCCCGACAACACCCUGGCGGACCUGGGCCUGGACUCCCUGAUGGGAGUGGAGGUGCGGCAGACCUUGGAGCGGGAGCACGACCUGGUCAUGGCCAUGAGGGACAUCCGGCAGCUCACCAUCCGGAAGCUGCAAGAGCUGUCGUCCUCCUCGGGGGUGCCAGAGGAGCUGAAGUCGCCCACGUCCAGAGAGGAGAGCCCUAGCCAGCAGGCCGGGCUGGACCUGGGCACCCUCCUGGUCAACCCGGAGGGCCCCACCCUCACCCUCCUCAACGCCGUGGAGAGCACCGAGAGGCCCCUCUUCCUGGUGCACGCCAUCGAGGGCUCCAUCACCGUGUUCCACAACCUGGCGGCCAAGCUGAGCAUCCCCACCUACGGCCUGCAGUGCACCCGAGCCGCACCACUGGACAGCAUACAGAGCCUGGCCUCCUACUACAUAGACUGUAUAAAGCAGGUGCAGCCCGAGGGUCCGUACCGCAUCGCCGGCUACUCCUUCGGGGCCUGCAUCGCCUUCGAAAUGUGCUCCCAGCUGCAGGCCCACCAGACCCCCGCCCAUUCCCACCACAGCCUCUUCCUCUUCGACGGCUCCCACGCCUACGUCCUGGCGUACACUCAGAGCUACCGAGCCAAGCUGACCCCGGGCUGCGAGGCGGAGGCCGAGACGGAAGCAAUGUACGUCUUCAUGCAGCAGUUUACGGACGCCGACUACAACAAGGUGCUGGAGACGCUGCUUCCCCUGGAGAACCUGGAAGCCCGCGUGUCGGCCACCGUGGACCUCAUCGCCCAGGACCACCGGGGCAUCGACCGCCACGAGCUCGGCUUCGCCGCCUUCGCCUUCUACCACAAGCUGCGGGCCGCCGAGCUGUACACGCCCAAGAUCAAGUACCACGGCAACGUGACGUUGCUACGGGCCAAGACCGGCAACGAAUACGGCCAGGGCCUGGGCAGGGACUACAACCUGUCGGAGGUCUGCGACGGGAAGGUGUCCGUCCACGUCAUCGAGGGCGAUCACCGCACCCUUCUGGAGGGCAGCGGGCUGGAAUCCAUCGUCGGCAUCAUCCACGGCUCGCUAGCGGAGCCCCGGGUCAGCGUCCGGGAGGGCUAGGGCCCGCCCCCGCCCCCGC